AUAAAUAUCAGAAUAUCACUCUCCACCCUCAACUGAUGUAGUUCAAACAACUCAACAACUUUACUAGGCACUAGUAAAUUGUUUGUUAUUUUUAUACAACAACCACUCUUCGCACACUAGAGCCGCAGUAGUAUCCAAAUUUUGUAUACAAUUCGCGUUCCGAUUUUUGGCACAAACCACCAGUUCAUCAGAUCGCCGGACAUCCAGUCAGUGUUACACCAGAAGCCCGUCUGUUUCCGUUAUGGAGCAGAUCUUCGCAUUCCCGUCCCAUGGGAUGGGUCUGGGCUUGGUCCAGAUGCCGCUUCAGAAUGCGAUGCCGUCUGCGGUGGAAUACUCGCUCAAUCCGAACGCUGUGGAGUUCGUGCCCUCGUAUCGCCAGAGAUCGGAGUUUCCAAGUGCCGACACCAAAACGGAGGCGACCUCAACUACAACAUUGCUUCAUCCUGAAGUCGUUGGGGAUGCCGUGAAUCGUGUGGCCAAUGGAUUCCAUGUACAGCAUCAGCUCUUGGAUUUCCUGAGCCAACUGGGUGAUGAACAAAUGCCUCUGGACGAGAUCUCGGUGGGUUUGUUACCAGGUGGCCAGGGUCUCAGCAUGACAUUCACCAAAAAACAGGCGGACCAGCAGCUACAACCUCCGGAUCCGAUAAGUCCGAUCAUCCUUGAGCGCCAGAGCCUUCAGCUGGCCGUGGGCGACCAGGAAAAGUUGGCCAGUCGACCGGAGAGCGUCCUGGUGGCCCAGUUUCUAAUCCGGGUCAACGAUAUUCUCAGCGAGAAGUGUGAAUACAGCGGGGAAGGAUCCGUGUGUCCCAAGUGCACUCUUUGCUCCAAUCGCAGCUACACGGAGCUGGAAAUUGAGCACCAGAUCGAAGGCAUAAAGGCCUUUGAGAAGUUUUUCACCUUCACGGAUUCAACGCGUUACCAGGACUUGGUGUCCCACAAGGCCUUCAAGGAACUUUGCCACAAGCUCGGCUUGAUCGUCAGUCGGGAUCAGAUCCACAUCAAUCGAGCUGACAGUAGGGCGAGUACAGCGGUCCCUCCACCCACGGCACAGUCGUCCAGUGUCACUGUUUGCAUGUCCAACGACGAGAUGAAACAAGGUGUGGAGACCGCUUCUUAUGCAGGAGAUGAUGAAUCCCAGUUGAACGGUGGGGAGCUGACACCAAGGGGAUGUGCCGGUUCAUCCAUUCCAACAGAAUAUAUCAGAGGGAAGCUUUACAGAUACGAAGAUUCCGAGGGAUCGCAGCUGGUCAACCAGCUAAAUGACGCUCACCAAGAUGCUGAACCCAUGAUGAUCGAUGACUUUCAUUUGGAUGUACCAUCAACAACACCGGAUAAAUCCGUAAUGGGUACCAGUGUGCCGGCCACCUUUCCGCGGGUGUACAAAUCGGCCAAGGCCAAAUGCUCGGCACGGGGAGCAGGACCCAGUGGUCUCCAGGGCGGCUCACAGGUUCCUAGGAGUUCUAUUUACGGCCGUUCAAUGGUGACGCAGGUACAGGGUACGCCCUCAAUCAUGCAGCGACUUCGGAGCACAGCAGUUGGUGGCCAUAUGCAGGCCGGAUCUGCUGUCCAACGAAAGGUUCAAAUGGAACCUUCCUCAAACGGUGGCGCAGCACGAAAGUUGAAUCGGUUGGCUUCUGCGAAAUCGGGAUGCGUUUACCAGCAAUCGGGCAAUAUGUCAGCUGUUCAGACAGGCCGUGUUAACAGGCCAGGAAAAACUAGUAACGCAGUACAGAAACAGCAGUCCAACCAUACUUGCAAGGCGGGUAAAAGUACCGUGACAAAUAGGAUGGGCAUGUCCACUCCCAAGCAACCCCAUGGUACCGCGCAGCGAAUGAUUCCAAGAAGCACCAACGCUUCCAUGAUGCGUCAAACAGAGGUCAAGCGGCGCAUGAGCCUGAUGCGCAAUGACAGCGAUUCGGAUCUGCUCUAUAAUGAAUAUCUCUUCAAAUGAUUUGCAGAUGGAUUGUAUGGAUUCGUUGCUUAUAUUUCAAAUAUAAUCGUUUGUCAAAACUCAAUAGCCCAGCAAAAAUAUAAUGUCAUUAUUUUUCUUA